CAUCAACCACUUCUCUUCUCUCUCUCUGGAUUUGCAUUUGGUGAUUGAUAUGCAUACACACAUUACAUUCAAAUAUGUAAUUCAUGUGAACAAACAGAGUGCUUGAGAUUCCAACUUAGUAAUGGCUUUCGAUAUUCUGUCACUUCAAAUUAUCACUCUAAUUUCCUAAAUUAAGGUUUUGCUUUGCCUAGAUCUGAUCUUCAACGGUUGUUGUGCUUGAUAGAUAAGUUGGUUGAGAUGGAGGCUGAAAUCCACGCCGAUUCACCACUUGAUUAUGCUGAAUUUCAAUUAUUUCCAAGCCGGGACAGACUUUGUUGUAGGUAUGAGGCAUGUGUAUGCAGUGGCAACAAGGUAGAAACAAUAGCAUCUGGCCUUUUGGGACAGCUGGCGCUGCAUUUACCUGAACUAAAAAAUUUGUUGUCUAGAGGAUCCAAUGCCAACUUCAAACUUCAACCACCCAAAAAUCUUGAUAGUUCCCAGUGGUUCACAAAAUCAACAUUAACAAGAUUUUUAUGUAUUGUUGGUUCAUCGGACACACUAAAUACCACCAAUGCUAUUGGAAAUGAGAUAACUCAACUGGAGGAAGCCAGAAAAUUUCAUCUUUCUUUGUAUACCAAGGAUCAUCGGGAUCAUUCUGGAGAUGGAGCAACAGACUGCUGCAACUUGAAUGGUGUGGAACCACAGAUUAAGGAUGAAGUUGAGAUUGUGUCAUCAGAUGCAACAAAGAAUGAAUUGCUGCGAGCAAUGGAUUUGAGGCUAACAACAUUAAGAGGAGAAUUAGCUGCUGCUUUCAACGAGGCUGCUGGAGCCACAUGCUCUUCAAAGCAUGUCUCUGAUAUGGAAAAGCUUUCUCAACAUUUUGGAGCCAUAGAUUUGAGGGGUACUUUGCAUAAGUUUUUAGAACUGAGCCAAAUAGGACAGGCUGUUGAUUUACCAAGUGAUGAGAAGUCCCCUGCCACAAUUUAUUCAAGAAAUGAUAGGGUCAAUAAGAUAUUAAAACCAUCGCACUCAGAUACACCAGUAAAAUAUGGUGUCUCUCCCGCCAAAGUUGCCCAGGUUGAGCGACAAGGUUCAUCAGAAAGUGAGGAAUCUUCUUACUUGAGUGAGGAUGAUCAGCCAUCUGUGGAACGAAGUCGGACUCUCAUUAGGUGUGCAUCACCUAGAAGGUCAGCAUCUCCAAUGCGGAGGGUCCAAAUAGGGCGAUCUGGGUCACGCAAGGCUACUGCACUGACCAUUAAGAGCCUCAAUUUUUUUCCUGCUAGAGAUAAGACAUUAUCUUAUAGAGAUGCAACUGCAAACAGUAGCGAAGAGGAAGGAUCUGAGCAACCCCCCAAAAAACCUGAUAGUAAUGCACGGAGAAUGAGUGUGCAAGAUGCAAUCAAUCUUUUUGAAAGUAAACAAAGAGAUCAAACUUCGGAUAUUCAGAAGACAAAGCCAACUUUAGAUGCCCUUGCUGGUACAAAUAAAUCUGUAUUGAGAAGAUGGAGUGCAGGUACAGGUGAAAUUUCCACCCAAUGCCUUCCAGAAAUUGGUUCUGAAAGUUCUGUUCCAAUGACUUCCAGUAAUUUAGAGGGAGAAGAAAUUCCAAGGAGUUCAUUAGCAAAACUGGACUGUGAAUUCAUUUCAGGAGAUAACAAUCCUGUUGAGGCUGCUAAAGUAGAGGCAAACAUAGAAACUUUUGAUGAAAGAAUGUCUAAUUCAAUUGGAAGUAAAGCAGAUAUUCUUGUAAUCGAAAGUGAGGAAGACACUGAAAAGUUAGCAGCCUCAACAGAAUGGAAUCAACAGAAGGAAGCAGAGUUGAAUCAGAUGCUGAUAAAAAUGAUGGAAAGUAAGCCUGUUAGGUAUCAGAAUAUAGCACCUGAAAAUAACAGAAGCCAAGAUGGUCCACAUGAACAGAGAGGGGGGUUUUAUGAUCACUACAAAGGAAAGAGGGAUGAAAAACUUAGGGGAGAAACAGCAGGAAAGCGAGCAGAGAAAGAAGCACAAUUUAGAGCAAUGCAGCAAAUUCUUGAUAAAAGAAAAACUGAAAUGGCCUCAAAAAGUUCUUUGGCUAAGCCCCAAAAAUCGCGUAAGAGUUUAACUCAAUCUGCCAAUCCCAAGGAGUCAACAAAAUCUGCUGUUGCGAAGAAAGCAUUAUCUAAGGCAUCACCCUCACCUGCUAUGCGUAAGUCAUGGCCAUCAACUCCAUCACCAAGAGCCACAACAGGGACAUCACCAGCUAAAGCUCCGUGCGGAAACUCAUCUGCUGGUACUACACCUACACGUCGGAAACCUCAGCCCGCACCAUCAGUUCCUCAGUCGAGCCCAAAGGUGGAAAGAACUGUGCAGCGGCCCAAAACUGUGAAGGCUAGCCAAAAUGACACUAGGAAGAGCACGAAAGCCAUGACCGAGAAGCAGCAGCAACCAUUAACCAAAAAUGAGAAAAGUGCAAAAACUAAAGUUCAGAUGACUUCUGGAAAGGACAGUUCAACAGUUGCAGCAAAGCCUAGUUUCUAUAACAAGGUGACCAAGAAGAGCAGUGUAGUGCCACUGGAGUCAAAACCUUUCCUUCGUAAGGGCUCUGGUAUUGGCCCCGGUGUGGGUCCUGUUGUUGUCAAGACAAAAGCUUCUUCUCAGCCUGAGGAAACUUUGAAAACUGCAGCAAAUCUGAUCCGAGCUCAGGAAAAUGAGGUGGUUACUGACAUUUCUGAUCCAAUCAGUCAGGUUACUGACAUUUCUGAUCCAGUCAGUCAGCAGGAGGGGGAUCUUGAAGCACCGGAAAUUCAUGCUGAUUUAGAAUCAGAAACUCAGUUAACUAAUGAACAGAAAUGUGAUGACACAGUGAUUUCUGAACAAGUUACUGCCAAUGGUGAUGAUAAUAGCUUUAUAAUGGUGACGGAGUCUGCAUUGAAAACUGAGGCUGAAGAAGAAGAAUCAGUUAUCUCCCUAACGGCCUGGGUAGAAAUAGAAGAGGAUCAAGAUUUACCUAUUCCACAUGAGGACAGCACAUGCCAUAUUGCAUCUGCAACCAAUGUUGCACCAGUAGCAAUGUCGAGUCCACGUGUCCGCCACUCUUUGUCACAAAUGCUUCUAGAGGAGAGUGCUGAACCUGAUAUUGUUGAAUGGGGAAAUGUCGAGAACCCUCCUGCAAUGGUGUACCAAAAAGAUUCACCCAAAGGAUUGAAGAGGCUCUUGAAGUUUGCUCGAAAGAGUAGGGCGGAUCCAAAUUUGACUGGUUGCCCUAGCCCAUCUGUGUUUUCUGAUGGAGAGGAUGAUGCUGAGGAGUCUAAAGCUGUUGGUAUGAAAAAUGCGGACAACACACUGAGGAAGGCUGCCCUACAUCCAAAGAACUACGGGCAACAAAAGACUUCAUUAGGUGAAGGCUAUGAGAAAAAUCCAGCUGGACCUGAAAUGCUUUCCGCUCAAUCAAAUACAAGCAAAUUUGGCGCUCAGAGUUCUUACCACAAGUUCCAGGACCACAAUCCAGCUGCAGCCACCACAACUAAAGCAACAAGAUCAUUCUUCUCUCUUUCAGCAUUUAGGGGCAGCAAACCGAAUGAGACAAAGCUUCGUUAAUGCUAGCAAAAAUUACAAGUAAAAAAAAUUUAGUAGGUACCAUCUGUCUGUAGCUAUAUACUGGUGAAAUUUGGCUUGAGGCAACUCCAUCUUUCUUCACCGUCCGGACCAUAAUUUUAAGCAGCAUACUAUCUGUGGUCUGGGAGAGAAUCCUCUGCUUUUGGAUGCAUUAUUGAUGAUGAGGGUGUUAAUAUGUCUACAGAUUCAAUGUUUCAUAUCCAGGUUUAGCAACACUCCUUGGAUGGAAACAAUGAAUUUUUACUUUGUCCUGUCAGUUGACCAUUUUGUUCAUAUGUCUCUUCAUAAAAGUAUUUUUAACUUUCAAAUUAUUUGUUUUUUAUUUUUGUGAUUAUCUAUAAUUCGUUAUUUAUGGAUUCUCUACAAUUGAUUAUUACUGUUUGUUGCUGAGAAA